AAAUCGUGAAGCCUUUAAAUGGACCGGGCUCAUUUGGACUGUUUGCUUGUGGACUAUCCUCUUUAAAGCCACCUCCAAGCUCCAGCUCUCCUCCUCCGAACUGCUCCGAAUUCCUGCAGGUUCUGUCUGGCUUUCUCCCUUAAGCCAAGAUGUCUAAGAAGGCCCCGAGUGAGGACGAGAAGUUCCUCUUUGUUGACAAGGACUUCCUGAACAGCCCCAUGGCCCAGGCCGACUGGGCGGCUAAAAAGCUGGUGUGGAUCCCAUCGGAGAAGCAUGGCUUUGAAGCGGCCAGCAUCAAAGAGGAGCACGGUGAGGAAGUGCUGGUGGAGCUGGCCGACAACGGCAAGAAAGUCACGGUCAACAAGGAUGACAUCCAGAAGAUGAACCCGCCCAAGUUUAGCAAAGUGGAGGAUAUGGCGGAGCUCACCUGCCUGAACGAGGCCUCCGUGUUGCACAACAUCAGGGAGAGAUACUUCUCUGGCCUUAUUUACACGUACUCUGGCCUCUUCUGCGUGGUGGUGAAUCCUUACAAAAUGCUGCCCAUCUACUCGGAUAAGAUCAUUGAAAUGUACAAAGGGAAGAAACGGCAUGAAGUUCCUCCUCACAUCUACUCCAUCACUGACAAUGCCUACAGAAACAUGAUGCAAGAUCGUGAGGACCAGUCCAUCCUUUGCACCGGAGAGUCCGGUGCUGGAAAAACAGAGAACACCAAGAAGGUCAUCCAGUAUCUGGCGGUCGUGGCGUCCUCCCACAAAGGCAAGAAAGACAGCAGCGCUCAACAAUCAGGAUCACAGUUGGCAUACGGGGAGCUGGAGAAGCAGCUGCUGCAAGCCAACCCCAUCCUGGAGGCCUUCGGAAAUGCAAAGACCAUCAAAAAUGACAACUCCUCCAGAUUUGGAAAAUUCAUCCGUAUCAACUUUGAUGUGACCGGCUACAUCGUUGGAGCCAACAUUGAGACCUACCUGCUGGAGAAGUCUCGCUGCAUCAGACAGGCAAAGACGGAACGAGCUUUCCACAUCUUCUACUACAUGAUCGCUGGGGCCAAAGACAAACUGCGAGAGGAGCUUCUUCUGGAGCCCUUCAGCAAUUACCGUUUCCUGAGCGCAGGCCACGUUCAGAUCCCUGGUCAGCAGGAUGAUGAGAUGUUUGAAGAGACCAUGGAGGCGAUGCAGAUCAUGGGUCUGACUGACGAGGAGAGAAUAGACAUACUGAAGGUUUGCUCCACAGUCAUGCAACUGGGAAACAUUGCGUUCAAGAAAGAGAGAAACCAGGAGCAGGCCACCAUGCCUGAUAACACUGCGGCCCAAAAGGUGUGUCACCUGCAGGGCAUCAAUGUGACAGACUUCACUCGAGCCAUUCUCACCCCUCGCAUAAAAGUGGGCAGGGAGGUGGUGCAGAAGGCUCAAACUAAAGAGCAGGCUGACUUUGCCAUUGAAGCUUUGGCUAAGGCUGUCUACGAACGUAUGUUCCGCUGGAUCCUGGGCAGAGUCAACAAAGCCCUGGACAAGACCAAGCGUCAAGGAGCCUCCUUCCUGGGAAUCCUUGAUAUUGCCGGAUUUGAGAUAUUUGAGGACAACUCCUUUGAGCAGCUGUGCAUUAACUACACCAACGAAAAGCUGCAGCAGCUCUUCAACCACACCAUGUUCAUCCUGGAGCAGGAGGAGUACCAGAGGGAGGGCAUCGAAUGGAACUUCAUUGACUUUGGCCUGGACCUGCAGCCGUGCAUUGAGCUCAUUGAGAGACCAAACAACCCUCCAGGCAUACUGGCCCUGCUGGACGAGGAGUGCUGGUUCCCCAAAGCCACAGAUGUCUCUUUCGUGGAAAAACUCAUGAACACACAAGGGAACCAUAUGAAAUUUGCCAAACCCAAACAGCUGAAGGACAAGACAGAAUUCUCUAUUCUGCAUUAUGCUGGAAAGGUGGACUAUAACGCCACAGCGUGGCUCACAAAGAACAUGGACCCUCUCAAUGACAAUGUCACAGCACUUCUCAGCAAUUCCUCCAGCCAGUUUGUGCAAGAUCUCUGGAAAGAUGCGGACAGAGUUGUCGGUCUGGACACGAUAGCCAAAAUGACAGACACCUCCAUGCCAAGUGCCUCAAAGACCAAGAAGGGGAUGUUCCGCACAGUGGGACAGCUUUACAAGGAGUCUCUGGCAAAGCUUAUGACCACGCUGCACAACACGCAGCCCAACUUCGUCAGAUGCAUCAUUCCUAACCACGAGAAGAGGGCAGGGAAACUGGACGCAAACCUGGUCCUGGAGCAGCUCAGGUGUAAUGGUGUUCUAGAGGGAAUACGAAUUUGCAGACAAGGUUUUCCCAACCGAAUCGUCUUCCAGGAGUUCCGCCAACGAUAUGAGAUCCUUGCUGCAAGUGCAAUUCCCAAAGGCUUCAUGGAUGGCAAACAGGCCUGCUGUCUCAUGAUCAAACAUCUGGACCUGGACCCCAACCUGUACCGGAUUGGCCAGAGUAAAAUCUUCUUCCGCACAGGAGUGCUGGCUCAGCUGGAAGAGGAGAGAGAUUUGAAGAUCACUGUGAUCAUCAUUGCUUUCCAGGCUCAGGCCAGAGGCUUCCUGGCCAGAAAGGCAUUUGCAAAGAGGCAACAGCAGCUGACCGCAAUGAAGGUGAUCCAGAGGAACUGUGCAGCUUACCUCAAACUCAGGAACUGGCAGUGGUGGAGACUCUUCACCAAGGUCAAGCCUCUGCUGCAAGUGACCCGGCAGGAGGAGGAAAUGUCUCUGAAGGAGGAGGAGCUGCAAAAAGCCAAAGACGUGGCCACUAAAUUUGAGUCGGAACUAAAAGAAAUCACUUUGAAACAUACACAGAUCGUGGAGGAGAGGAAUGCUCUGCAGGAGCAGCUUCAGGCAGAGACGGAGCUUUAUGCCGAGGCUGAGGAGAUGAGGGUCCGUCUGGCCGCAAAGAAGCAGGAGCUGGAAGAAAUACUCCAUGAGAUGGAGGCGAGAUUGGAUGAAGAGGAGGAACGCGCCCAAACACUGCUGCUGGACAAGAAGAAGAUGCAACAGCAGAUGCAGGAACUCGAGGAACAUUUGGAAGAGGAGGAGGAUGCUCGUCAAAAACUUCAGCUGGAGAAGGUUGCAUGUGAAGGAAAAAUUAAAAAGCUGGAGGAUGAUAUCCUAGUUAUGGAAGACCAAAACAACAAGCUUGUGAAAGAACGUAAACUGAUGGAGGAAAGAAUCGCUGACUUCAGUGCCAGCCUGGCAGAGGAAGAGGAGAAAUCAAAAAAUCUCACCAAACUGAAAAAUAAACAUGAGUCCAUGAUCUCUGAGCUGGAGGUUCGUUUGAAAAAGGAAGAAAAGAGUCGUCAGGAGCUUGAUAAAGCCAAACGCAAACUGGAGGCAGAGUCCAAUGACCUUCAAGAGCAGUUGGCAGACUUGCAGGCUCAGAUCGCCGAACUCAAAGCUCAGCUUGCUAAGAAGGAGGAGGAGUUGCAGAACGCCUUGGCCAGAUUGGAGGAUGAGACUGCACAAAAGAACAAUGCCCUGAAAAAGAUCAGGGAGUUGGAGGGACACAUCUCAGACCUACAAGAGGAUCUGGACUCUGAGCGGGUGGCCCGGAACAAGGCUGAGAAGAUCAAGCGGGAUCUUGGAGAGGAGCUGGAGGCCCUCAAGUCUGAGCUGGAGGAUACCCUGGACACCACUGCCACACAGCAGGAGCUAAGAGCCAAGCGUGAGCAGGAGGUGACACUGCUGAAGAGAGCCAUUGAGGAGGAGAACCGCACACACGAGGCCCAGAUACAGGAGAUGAGGCAGAAGCACACUCAGGCUGUGGAAGAACUCACCGAACAGCUGGAGCAGUCCAAACGGGUCAAAACAAACCUGGAGAAAGCCAAGCAGGCUCUGGAAAAGGAGACGUCUGAGUUAACGAUGGAGGUGCGCUCGCUGGCUCAGGCCAGACAAGAGGGGGAGCACAAGAGGAAGAAGCUGGAGGGUCAAGUGGCAGACCUACAGUCGCGCAUCAACGACAGUGAGAAGCAGAAGGCUGAGCUGAACGAGCGCUGCUCCAAAAUGACAGUUGAGCUGGAGGGCGUGACAAACCUUCUGAACGAGGCUGAAAGCAAGAACAUCAAACUAAGCAAAGAUGUUUCCAGCCUAUCCUCUCAACUCCAGGACUCGCAGGAGCUGCUGGCUGAGGAGACUCGACAGAAACUGCAGUUAUCUACGAAACUGCGACAAGCAGAAGAUGAUAGAAACAGCCUGACGGAGCAGCUUGAGGAGGAGAUGGAGGCCAAGAGGAACAUGGAGAGACAUGUGUCCACCCUCAAUGUCCAGCUGUCAGAUUCAAAGAAGAAGCUUGAGGAGAUGUCUGGAAACAUUGAGCUCCUGGAGGAGGGGAAGAAACGCUUGCAGAGAGAUUUGGAGGCGGCCAACACUCAGUUUGAAGAAAAGGCUUCAGCCUUCGACAAGCUGGAAAAGACCAAGAACCGCCUGCAGCAGGAGCUGGAGGACACGCUGAUGGAUUUGGACAACCAGAGACAGAUUGUCUCAAACCUGGAGAAGAAACAGAAGAAGUUUGACCAGAUGCUGGCUGAAGAGAAGAGCAUCUCUAGCAAAUAUGCAGAAGAGAGAGACAGAGCAGAGGCUGAAGCCAGAGAGAAGGAGACCAAGGCUUUGUCCCUAGCAAGGGCCCUGGAGGAGGCCCAGGAUUCCAGGGAGGAGCUGGAGAGAGCCAACAAGGCCCUCAGAAUGGAGAUGGAGGAUCUGAUCAGCUCCAAGGACGAUGUGGGAAAAAAUGUUCACGAGCUGGAAAAGUCCAAACGAGGUCUGGAGGCCCAAGUGGAAGAGAUGAAGACCCAACUGGAGGAGCUGGAGGAUGAGCUGCAGGCAGCAGAGGAUGCCAAGCUGCGUCUGGAGGUCAACAUGCAGGCCCUGAAAGCCCAGUUUGAAAGAGACCUCCAAGGACGGGAUGAGAUGGGAGAGGAGAAGAAGAGGCAGCUCAUCAAGCAGGUCCGUGAGUUGGAGACGGAGUUGGAAGAUGAACGUAAACAGAAGGCUCUGGCAGCAGCAGCCAAGAAGAAGCUGGAGACGGACAUGAAAGACCUGGAGGGACAGAUCGAGACGGUCAAUAAGGGUCGAGAUGAAGCCAUCAAGCAGCUUCGCAAACUCCAGGCCCAGAUGAAGGACUACCAGAGGGAGCUUGAGGAUGCUCGUGCUGCUCGGGAGGAGGUGCUGGGCACUGCGAAGGAGAGCGAGAAGAAAGCCAAGAGUCUGGAAGCGGAGCUCAUCCAGUUACAGGAGGAACUGGCUGCAGCUGAACGGGCCAAGAAGCAGGCAGAAGCUGAGAGAGACGAACUGUCCGAUGAGCUGGCAAGCAACGCCUCGGGAAAGUCAGCCUUGGCUGAUGAGAAGCGGCGUCUUGAGGCAAAGAUCGCCCAGCUGGAGGAAGAGCUGGAAGAAGAGCAGAGCAACAUGGAGAUCCUUAAUGACAGGCUGAGGAAGAGCGCACAGCAGGUGGACCAGCUGAGCAACGAGCUGCAGACGGAGCGCAGCACCGCUCAGAAGAACGAGAGCGCACGGCAGCAGAUGGAGAGGCAGAACAAGGAGCUAAAGGCCAAGCUGCUGGAGAUGGAGAACCAGGUCAAGUCCAAGUUCAAGUCCUCCAUUACUGCCUUGGAAGCCAAAGUGGCACAGCUGGAGGAGCAGCUGGAGCAGGAGAACAGGGACAAGCAGGCCACCGGAAAGAGUUUGCGCCAAAAGGACAAGAAACUCAAAGAUCUGAUGAUGCAGGUGGAGGACGAGAGAAAGCAGGCAGAGCAGUACAAGGACCAGGCGGAGAAGGCUACUUCCCGCAUGAAGCAGCUCAAGCGGCAGCUCGAGGAGUCGGAGGAGGAGUCGCAGCGUGCCACCGCUGCUCGCCGGAAGCUGCAGCGGGAGCUGGAUGAGGCCACCGAAGCCAAUGACGCCAUGAGCCGCGAGGUCACCUCACUGAAGAGCAAGCUCAGGCGUGGAAACGAGCCUUCCUUCGGUAGCACGCCACGGCGUGUGGGUGGAGGUCGAAGGGUGGUGGAGGAUGCCUCUGAGGAGGAAGCAGACUCCCAAAAUGACUACAACGGAACAAAGUCCUUGGAAUAAGUGCUAAAAACAAGCCAAAGAUCCAAAUUACUCCCACUUCAAAAAGUAACGUUGACGUCCUGCUUUGCUGUCUUCCAAAUCACUUCAAGUUAUGCAUUUCCUCUGGUUUUCAGUAGUUACUUAUGUUGUUCUGGAGCACAUGUUCUUGUCACAAAACAAUCAGGGCUUCAUAUCCACUGCAGGAGCCCUUUAGAAAACUCUGAUGUGAGAUCUUCCUUUGGUUUUUAACCCGCACUGUUUUGUACCUCACCAGCUGACCGAUUCUUUCACAAAGUGCUCUCUGAGAACUUCAAGCUUCAACCUCUGAGAGACACAGGUAGACUGCAGAUGUUUAACUACUGUCAGCGACUGUCGUCCCGCUGCCUGUUACUGCUGUUGAUGUUCCCCAGCAGCACUGAAGUGGCAGCAGAUCCGAUGUGGGUCACCGCUCCAUGUCAUCUGCUUCCAGUCACUGCUGACUCUCUAUCCCUACUACUUUUCAGCACCUCAAGAUCCUUUUAUAGUCACCGUUUCACAUGAUUUGCACCUUUUCUGUGCUUUUUUUUUUAACAACCAUGAGAUCUGAGAUCAUGGAAGCUCGAUCCAACCAUGAAGCCACGAGUCAGACUUUGUUCAGGUGUCCUGUGGCGUCCUAAAAGGUCAUCCAGCUCAGUCUUAUUUAAUGUUGCAUUUAACCCAUGAAUGUUUACAUGACACCCUUUCCAUCUAUUGUUGAACCACAUGCACAAGGAAUAAAACAUUAAAGAUU